AGUUCACCUUGGUAACGACGACGACAUAUACCACCACCGGCCAUUGCCAAAGACUCGCCCCUGGACAAUCCCAUGCAGUUAUUCCCAUAUCUAUGAGCAGCGCGAGAUCGGACGAGCAAAGUUAUUCCCAUCGAGGCAUUGCACAUACAUAGAUGACUGAACAGCAUACCCUCCUUUACCGAGACGACGUAGGUCCCGUCAAAUGGAGGGUCCAUCUCACAGUGGACCUGGCGGGGUCAGCAGCAGCAAUGGGAUGAGCAGGGCUGAGCGAUUUGAAGAUGAGAAGCGGAGGAUCAUUGACAGUUGCUUUGGCAAGAAGGACGAAGAUGGAUCAUUACUGGAAUCAUACAUAACACAUAUCAGAGUCAUUGAAGAUGCUAUGUUUCCAGCCUCUCCGCCCCCUCCGAAUGCCAACCCGGCCUCUAAGAAACCGCGCCUCAUAAUUGUAGCAGUGCGCAAGUCAGGACGGGUGCGUAUGCACAAGGCCAGAGAGAAUCCGAAUGGGACAUUUUCGAUAGGAAAGACAUGGAUGCUUGACGAGCUCAACUCUGUCCGGUCUUUCAGCGGCGCAAUUCCUCGGAGCGCUGAGGAGGAACAACAGAAGCAAUGGGCUGGAGGAGCUGGUUUUAUCGUGACUAUGGGCAAGCCGUAUUACUGGCAGGCAAACACCCAAAAGGAAAAGCAGUUCUUCAUUGCAAGUCUGGUCAAAAUAUAUACGAAAUACACUGGCGGCAAGACCCCUCAGCUGGAUGGAUUUGACCAAAGGGAAAUGGAUCAGUUGCUGGGUGCUCCUGGACGCUCACUACCUCCUUCUCAGACACAGUCGCCAUCCGGGACGUUACCAUCUGGACCAAUACCACCCUUUGCUCAAGCUCCAAAUCGUCCGCCGCCACCUCUCCAGACACACUCACCAUCUGGACCGUCACCAUCUGGACCAUUACCACCUUUUGCUCAAAUUCCAAGCCGUCCGCCACCGCCUCUCCAGACACAGUCGCCAUCUGGGCCAUCACCGUCUGGACCAUUACCACCUUUUGCUCAAGUUCCAAACCGUCCUCCGCCAUCUGGGCCAUUACCGUCUUUUGCUACAAAUCGUCCGCCCCCGAGACGUGAUCCGUCACGCGAACCUGGGCUGCGCAACCAGCCGAGUAGGGAUGCACUACAGCGAUCCACUGCUCAAAUGUCUCCAGCAGUUGGAGCCCCAUCUUUUAACUCUCCAACAGCAAGGCCCCAAAUGCGCGUUCGGCGGGAAGAAUCUCCGAGUGAAACCUUUGACCCAACUGGAACCGGGACGCAGCAAAGCCAAGCAUCAAACCUGAGAAGAUUAGCAGGCACUAAUCAAAGCCAGGAGUCGUUUGCAAAGAGUGAGGAUACUGUUAGUCUGCCACCACGUUCACGGGGAGGACUUAAUGGUACGCCAAAUGCCCCUGGUAGAUUUCGGGACCGUAGUGUAACACCAACCUUACAACGUGCGAUAACACCGGACGAUGCCUUUUCGGGCUCUAGGGAUGCAUUGGAUGAUAUGCCUCCCGUGCCAGCACCAUUAACAAUUCCUCCAGAGAGACGCCGCCCGCCAAUACCUAACAUUGGCGACUCUCGCCCACAUGAGCAGAGUCUGGAUGAAAGUAUUAUUCCUGCACCAUUGUCCAGUCCGGGAAUGCGUAGAGAAGCUAGAGAGGAUUUACGACCCCCGACUCGUAGUAGCGAACGAAACCAACCACGCCAGCGAGACUCAGAUACAACGGGCAGUCUGAUCAGUCCCAAUGAAGUACAGCCUCCCCAGAGUAUCUCCGACAGUCUAAAAAGAGGUGAGGUUUCUGCAAGCCCGCUGAGUGCUCAAGUUACAGCAACGUCUCAACCCACUAUUUCUUCGCCUCUUGCCCAGACAACCACCGAAACUGAACCAGAAGAAGAAACACGCCCAGGUCUUGGUCCCAUGAUCAAGAAGAAGAAAUCAAUUCUCGUCGAAUUACCCCAAGAGCCGCCAGCGGAGGUAGAAGAGGAAACUCGCCCAGGGCUUGGACCCAUGAUCAAGAAUAAAUCACCUGUGGAAAUGCCUGAAGAACCGCCGGCAGAGCCAGAAGAAGAUGAGCGCCCGGGUCUUGGACCGAUGAUUAAGAAGAAGAAAUCCCGACCCGAAAUCGCCAACACAUUCCUCAGAGCAGCGAAAACCGCCAAUGCUUUCAGUACUUUCAAGCCACGCGCUGGAGGAGCUGCGGAGAGAUUGAGAGAGGCGGCUGCGAAAGCACAAGAGAAAGAAGGGCCGGAUGGCAUCACCAGCGUAGUUCCCGCGCCAUCGUUGGUUGCGGUUCGAGCAGCUAUUAACACCAAUUCGAACGCAUCCACACCAACAGAAACCCCCAUUGAGACGACCUCCACCCCGAAAGAGAGCAUAGCCUCUACCCAAAAAGAGAGUGAGAAGCUUCCGGAAGUUAACGGCAUCGUCCCGCCACGAUCAGAGCAGCCUACUAGCGUCGAAGAGAAGGCGCCACAAGACACCACUUCAGCAGAGAAGUCAAAGACUCGAGAGAUAAAGCGGCCGAAACCAUCUUCUGAGACGAUGCAGAAAGAACUAGCUUCAUUGGGCAUAGAUCCCAGCAUUUUAGGCGGUAAAGGUAACGAUUUAGUUGCUGCUUGGGAUGAAUUCGGCUGGGUGGGUGAUGGUGUGCAUACGAAAAAUAUCGACCAGAUGAAAGAGGAAAUCGAGCGAGAGCUCAAUAGAGUUCAAGCUGGCGGUUGGCUGAGUAGGCUGGAGGAAGAGGAUGAGAGGGUUGAAGCUAUCAAGGCCGGUCUUGAUAAGUGUAUAGACGAGUGUGACGAGCUUGAUGGAUUGCUGACGUUAUAUCUUGUGGAAAUCAGUACCCUCAAUGAGGACAUUGCUUUCAUUGAGGCCCAGUCGCAAGGUCUCCAAGUGCAAGCAGCGAAUCAAAAACUUCUUCAAGCAGAGCUUAAAUCUCUCCUCGACACAAUAUCGAUUUCCUCUUCUCAACUUGAGAGCCUGUCUCAAGCAUCCUUAGAGUCUCCUCGUGGGCUUGAGCAGAUCGAAACGUCUCUGGUCGUGCUAUAUAAAGCAAUGCUAACAAUCGAUCCUUCACUUAGCCUUUCUGGUCCACGAGGGAGCGAGGAUGGUAGCCUGAUUGGUCGGCCUGGAGGUAUUGGCAACAGUGAGAUUGGAAGCAUGCGCGUUCUGCAGGAAAAGAAAGAUGUCUACAGACAUGAGACUGCCACAUUCCUUCGUCGGCUCAGGCCCUUUCUGCAAGUCAAAUUUGCCGCUGCUAUUGACGAAACUAGGAAGGCACUGGAGCGUGAGAGAGGCAGUAAUCUUGCUCGCGCCGGCAAAGUUAAACUUGAUCCGCGCAACCACGACCUAGCUCGGGAGUUGCUCUGGAGAUACAGUCCUCUGAUGCUGUUCUCACGAGAAGUUGAUCGUCCAGAGUGGGAAGAACUGAUGAAGAUAUACGAAACCGUUUCCAGGCCACUGUAUCAAGACGAGUUCCGAGACGCCGUAUUUGCAUGGAAACGCAUUGCAAAGAAAGCAGCUGGAGAUGAGGGUGAUCUUCUGUUCACGUCCCAGAUUGAGAAGCAGGCGGAAGGCAUUGCUACCACCGCCCGAAAGUUAACAGUGAAGAGAAGUCAGACCUUGGCAAAGAGUUUGCGAUCUCCCAUUGGGGACAACAGCAGCAAAACCAGCGUUGACAGGAUCGCUUCCGAUGGCAGACUACAACCAUACGAGGUGUUUGCUGGGGUCCUUGAAGAGAUGAUUCCGAUAAUCAGCAUGGAGCAAAACUUCAUUGUUGAGUUCUUUCAUGUCACUUCUCUUGAGCAGUAUGACUUCCCCGAAGUUGUUGCUGCCGCAUCGCCAGACGACAGACGAGGCGUCGAUCUAAGGCGGCCAAGAGUGAUGGAGCCGAACCGAGAGCUAGCUAGACACGUUGUCCAGUCUAUGGAGGAGGUCUAUUCGUUCUUCCCGGGUGAUUUGCAGGCGCUUGUUGACUGGAGUCUUCAGGCAGAUCCAUUGCAAGGUGUUGGUGUUAUCGCUGCAAUUGAGCGCAAACUCGUCGAAUUCGAGGAGUCUAGCCAAGAAUUCCUCGCCCGCACCCUUCAAAAACAACACAUUCGUCUUGUUGGUCUCUUUACCAAAUUCCUCGAUGAACAGAUUCGGGCAAUUGAGGAAACCAAGGUCAAGAUCAAGAAGCGGAAAGGUGUUAUUAGUUUCGUCCGCAUCUUCCCGUCUUUCUCUCUCGCAUUGGAGACCAUGCUUAUCUCGGCCGAUGAUCUUGAGAUUCGGGAGACUGUCAACAAUGCAUACACCCGAAUUAACAAGGCCAUGUUCGAAUCUCUGAAAGUAAUUGCAAGAGAAAUACCCAGUGCUCAGACAACUGGGGCAGAUCCGGAGGACAAGGAGGCUCUGAACUACCAGAUCUUGCUCAUUGAAAACAUGAAUCAUUAUUUAGAGGAGGUUGAUGCUCGCUCUAAUCCAAUUCUAGAGGACUGGAAGCAUAACGCUGCCCAGGAAAUGGAGGAGCACAUGUCGCUCUACCUGGGUGCCGUCAUUCGGAGGCCCCUGGGCAAAUUACUCGACUUUAUUGAGAGCACCGAAAGUCUCAUGCUCUCACGCCAACCGGGAGAGCUAGCCUCUAAAAUAUCAGGCAUGCCAAGCCAUUCCAAAAUUACGUUCCAGAAAGUUCUCGCGGGUUAUGAUUCGAAGGAGAUCAAGCGAGGGAUUGAGACGCUCAAGAAGCGAGUUGAAAAGCAUUUCGGGGACGCCGAUGACCCAGGACUCAGUCGCAGUCUCGUAUCCAAGGUGCUACAGAAUUGCGAGAGAUAUUAUGAACAGGUUGAGGAUAGGAUCUUAACGAUAAGCAGAGAUGUGUACGAUGGAGACGUAAUUGCAGAAUGGACAAGAGCAGAUGUCUCGGCAGCUUUCAGGAGUCAAAGAUGAUGAGGGCAGCUAUAAUCAUAGACUGCUGGUCUGGACAGUAUCUCCAUUCACCUGUAUUCGAGUGGCACGCGAGGACUUGGCGUUUACACAGGUGCACAUUGGGUUGUAUCAGAAUUGCAUUCAAUGUACGGAUAGGAAUACCAUAAGAAUCACUCAAUGAAACUAUUUUCAUCGCGGGUCGGAUCCUUGCUUGAUAUCCAAUGGUCAUGACCCGAGGGAAAUCCGGG